CCCAAGCUUUUGCAACAAAUAAAGUCUCUUCUCUCUUUCUCUCUCUAGAUGCAAGAGGACUCAGAGAGAGAGAGAGAAAGUAUGAUUGAUGGGGAAAGAGAGAGUACGAAGUAAAAUACAAUAGAUUAUUAGGACACGGUUGUCAUCUUUUGUUAUGUGUCUUGUGUGCGCUCUCCUUCUUUUCUUCAUCCAUUGAUCUUCUUUAUUUAACCCUACUCUCUUUCUCCUUUUCUCAUUCUUUCUAUCAUUCAUUUUCUCUUUGUUUCUCUCUCGGGAUCUGAUAUCUCUUUUCAGUAACCUAUUCCCGAGGAGCACUGUCAAAUCUUGUCCAUUGUUCUUUAAGAGAUCCCUCCCUCUCUCUCUUGUCUUGCGCUGGAGAGUUCAACUUCUGGUGAAAAGCGCAUAAAAAUAUCCAAAAAUAUAAAGUUUUGUUUAUAGGUUUCAGCUAAAUCAUCUUAUAUCUAGAGUUUCUUCAGUUCAUCAAGAAGACGCAAAGAUGAAUACGUUUUCCCACGUCCCUCCGGGUUUUAGAUUUCACCCAACAGACGAAGAACUUGUAGACUACUACUUGAGGAAAAAAGUUGCAUCCAAGAGAAUAGAAAUUGAUUUCAUAAAAGACAUUGAUCUUUACAAGAUUGAACCAUGGGAUCUUCUAGAGUUGUGCAAAAUUGGACAUGAGGAGCAGAGUGAUUGGUAUUUCUUUAGCCAUAAAGACAAAAAGUACCCCACAGGGACUCGAACCAAUCGAGCAACCAAAGCAGGGUUUUGGAAAGCCACAGGAAGAGAUAAGGCUAUAUACUUGAGGCAUAGUCUUAUUGGCAUGAGGAAAACACUUGUGUUCUACAUGGGGAGAGCCCCAAAUGGACAAAAAUCUGAUUGGAUCAUGCAUGAAUACCGCUUAGAGACAGAUGAAAAUGGUAUUCCUCAGGAAGAAGGGUGGGUUGUGUGUAGAGUUUUCAAGAAGAGAUUGCCUGCAGUUAUUAGACGAAUGGGAGAUUACGACUCAUCGCCUUCACAUUGGUAUGACGAUCAGCUCUCUUUUAUGGCCUCUGAGCUCGAGACAAAUGGUCCAAGACGGCUUAUCCCCAAUCAUCAUCAGCAGCACCAACAGCCUUUGCCAUAUGGUCUUAAUGCAUCUGCUUACGCUCUCAACAGCCCUAACUUGCAAUGCAAGCAAGAGCUAGAACUGCAAUACAACCACUUGGUACAACAUCACCAUUUUCUUCAUGAAUCUAAUUUAUCACCCCUCCAGCUUCCUCAGUUUGAAAGCUCUAAGAUCCAACUAGAUAAUAUUAACUGCAACUCUCUUUCUUGCGGAACAAGCAACAACGUUAACAACUCCACUGAUCUUGCUAACUUGCAGCAAUCGAAUCUCCCACAUGAGGAACAACUGAAUCAAGGGAAUCAUAGCUUCAGUUCUCUAUACAUGAAUGGAGGGAACGAGCAAACGAUGGAAAAAGUCACGGACUGGAGAGCUCUUGAUAAAUUUGUUGCUUCUCAGCUAAGCAACGAUGAGGCCGACACAGCUUCUGCCUCUCUACAGAACAAUGCCAAAGACACAAGCAACCUAGAGCACCAAGUUGAUGAAGAAAAAGAUCAGAAAAGGGUUUCAGACAUGGGAGAAGAAUAUGCUGCUUCUACUUCUUCGAGUUGUCAGAUUGAUCUAUGGAAGUGAGCAGAAAGAGAAGGCUAUAUCAUAUAAAAUGCAUAUAUACAUAUAUCUAUCUAUAUACGUUCACACGAACACUAAUCAAGUGUAGAUGAUGAUGAUGGUACAGAUUUAUAUUUUCUUUGUUUGAUUUUUACAACAUUAUUCAACUUAUAUUAUAUGCAUAUAUAUACCUUGCGUAUCCAUGCAUAUAUACUUGUACUCGAUACAUGAUUUAACCAUAUAAACUCUAAUCUAAAUGUAACUCCAAUAUUUCUUUUUAAUUGACAAUUGUCUCUUAUUAUUAUUCUA